GUUGCAACGUUCUAGCAACUGAGACACUUGCCAAAGUCACCUGGAGUUCUAUCUUGUUCUACAGCUGAUCCAUCCUCAAUAAAACUUGCAGGAUGGCUCUUAAUAAAUCUAUGCACCCAAGAAAUCGUUACAAAGACAAACCUCCAGAUUUCGCUUACCUAGCUUCUAAAUAUCCAGAGUUUCAACAACAUGUGCAGACCAACUUGAUUGGCCGUGUCACGUUGAACUUCAAGGACCCCGAGGCGGUGCGGGCCCUCACCUGCACGCUGCUGAAGGAGGACUUUGGGCUGACCAUCCAGAUCCCCCUGGAGCGCCUCAUCCCCACCGUGCCACUCCGCCUCAACUACAUCCACUGGGUGGAGGACCUGAUCAGUGACCAGGGUGCCUGCGACGGCCCGCGCAGGGGCAUCGACAUCGGGACGGGGGCCUCCUGCAUCUACCCUCUGUUGGGGGCCACCAUGAACGGCUGGUACUUCCUGGCCACCGAGGUGGACGACAUCUGCUUCAACUACGCCACAAAGAACGUGGAGCAGAACAACCUCUCCGACCUGAUCAAAGUGGUGAAGGUCCCUCAGAAGACGUUGCUGAUGGAUGCACUGAAAGAGGAGUCCUCCAUCAUCUAUGACUUCUGCAUGUGUAACCCACCCUUUUUCGCCAACCAGCUGGAGGCGAAGGGUGUGAACUCGAGGAACGCGCGGCGGCCCCCUCCCAGCUCGGUGAACACGGGGGGCGAGACGGAGAUCAUGGCGGAGGGCGGCGAGCUGGAGUUCGUCAAGAGGAUCAUCCACGACAGCCUGCAGCUCAAGAGGAGGCUCAGGUGGUACAGCUGCAUGCUGGGGAAGAAGUGCAGCCUGGCGCCGCUGAAGGAGGAGCUUCGAAAACAAGGGGUGACUAAAGUGACCCACACCGAGUUCUAUCAGGGACGCACCAUGCGCUGGGCUCUAGCCUGGAGUUUCUACGACGACGUGUCUGUACCGUCUCCCCCGAGUAAGAAGCGCAAGAUGGAGAAAGCCCGCAAGCCACUGGCCUUCACCAUUCUGCAGCCCACGGUCCGAGAACUGCAGAUCAAAGCCUCCUCUCUGCCCUCCUCUUCCACCUCAUCUUCCUCUUCCGCAACCUGCUCGGAGAGCAGCGAUGUGCACACAGUCACUGUCUGGAUGGAGAAGACACUCAAAGACCUGCAGAUUCUUCACAAGCGCGUCCCCAGCGGCGAGGCCGAGCUCAGUCUCUUCCUGACGGCCGUGGAGAACACCUGGGUCCACAUGCGGCAGAGGCGGCGCGAGCAGAACCGGCAGCAGAACGAGUCGCUCUCCCCCGGCGCCGCCGUCCCCUCGGCAGCAGCUCAGGGCUCCGACACACAGCCCACAGCAGCAGCCCACGAGACGGAGAACCAGCAAGGUCCCCAGCCCUCAGGGGAGGUGUGCCAGUCAGCACCAGCGGGUGAGCAGGACAGCAACGGGCAUCACUCUGGAGCUCAGGCAGGCGAGCUUGGGGAGCAGGGGCCACUGGAUGUCAGCAUGGAGUCUCCCAACACACAGGAAGAGGCUCCCGUCACACCGGAGGUCAGCCACUCCUCACAGGAUGUGGAAGUGGAAGCCCUCCCUGGCCCAAAGGAAGCCACAGCAGGAGCAGGAGCAGCAGGUUCCCAGCCCCAGAGCCCCGGCCUGGUGCAGAGCUUCCUGUUCAAGAGCCUGCUGAACGUGAAGGUCCAGGGGGCCGACGUGCUGGUGGAGAUGCACUUUGUGGAGGGCCAGAACAAGGAUCUGAUGAACCAGCUGUGUACCUGCCUGAAGAACACCCUCCUCCGCACCGCUUCCAGCCCUCUCUGAUGGGGAGGGGGAUUUGGCUCCCCGGUUUGCUCCAUAUCUCUGUGUAGACACUUGCCUUACAACAUACCAGUCUUGUGUUAUGAUUAUAUUAGGACCCCGAGAUUUUUUUUUAAAUGACUGAUCUCGCAAAUACGGUUUGUUUGAAAUCUAU